UCUUAUCGUUACCAGGGACUGUGCUCUCUUCCAGAUCCUCAAUGUCCAUUACAACAAAGGGAAUGAUUUUGAGGUUCCUGAUGGUUUCUUGGAUGUUGCCAGUCUGACCCUUCAGGAAUUCUUUAGUGCUGUCAGAGCAGGGCGGGAUUUGGAUCCUUCCUGGAAAAAACCAAUUUACAAAAUAAUUUCCAAGCUUGAUAGUGAGAUCCCAGAUGUAUUUAAAUCCUCUAAUUGCCCUAAGGAAUUUACCCAAGAUUAAUGUACAGUGAUCAUGGCAUGCGAUUGAAAUGAUUCUAGUGCUGUGUAAGUUUUGACUGUAUACUAAGGCAACAAUUGAAAUCUGAAUCAACAGAGAAAGUACGAUCAAUAUUCUAAUAUUUUAUAAAUAUAUGAAAGGAACAUUUUGGGACUAUAUACAGAAAGGUUUUCGGGUGUAUCCCUUAGUUGUAUGUUUUAUUACUUAUUUAUUAAGCAAACUAUAUAAGCAGACAUAUAGCUGCCUGUCUACCAAAAGAAACACUUUGCAGUAACAGAAUAUAGUACCAUACAUUAAAAAGACGAUGAGGGUCCAAUAAAACUUGCAAUCAUUUGUCUACCAUCUCUUUCAUUUACUCCACCACUGGAUCCACUGGAUUCAGUAUCUGGGAGAAAAUCCAAGUUUUCACUAUUUCUCUGAAGGCCCAAUUGGAUUGGGGCCAUCUGUAUCUCUGGGGAGAGGCUGUUUCAUAAAUCAGAUGCCAGGCAGAGAAGGCAAACCCCACUGAAGCCCUAGAGGCAACACCG